CCAAGCCUCACGUCUUUCUGCGCGGGAUUGGUGCCCCGCAAAAAUAUUUUUGAGCUUCCCGUCCUUCUAUUCUAUUCCCGGAGGAAGGCUAGUUCAAACCUCACUUUGAGUAUUCUUCACUUGGGCAUUCUGGAAGUUCGGAAAAACAGCGAUCUGUGACUACGAGUACGACUACGAUCACGGUACGAGCUUUGUAUUCGCAUACUGCAAGGGAGAGCUCUGAGGGAAGAAGGAUAGGAUAGGGUUGGAUUGGAUUGGAUUGGACUGGACAAGGAAGGCUAGGCAAGGCUUGUGAAGGAAAACACAGACAGCAGAGGAUAUCAGGAGACUGGGAAACGCAGUGGCAGGGCAGUGGUAUUGGAUGAGGACUGAAUUGAGUGGAGAAGAAAGUGUUUCGAGGGAACGAGCUUGAAAGGACAGGACAGGACAGGACAGGACAGAAUAAGGCGCAAUGGCGACAAAUUCGAUUAAGUUGCUUACGGGCAAUAGCCAUCCGCAGUUGGCGAAGUUGGUUGCUGAGAGGUUGGGCAUUGAGCUUGCGAAGACUAUGAGUCUGAACUACUCGAAUCAGGAGACUAGUGUUACGGUUGGAGAGAGUGUUAGAGACGAGGAUGUAUUCAUCCUCCAAUCCACCGCCCCAGGCGACAUCAACGACGGCCUCAUGGAACUCCUCAUUAUGAUCAACGCCUGCAAGACUGCAUCAGCACGCCGCAUCACAGCAGUAAUUCCCAAUUUCCCCUACGCACGUCAAGACAAGAAAGACAAGUCCCGCGCUCCUAUCUCCGCAAAGCUCAUUGCAAAUAUGCUCCAAACCGCUGGCUGCAACCAUGUCAUCACUAUGGACUUGCAUGCUAGUCAGAUUCAGGGCUUCUUCAAUGUGCCGGUUGAUAAUCUGUAUGCGGAGCCGAGUACAUUGAGGUGGAUUAGGGAGAAUCUGAACAUUACCGAGUGUGUUGUUGUUAGUCCUGAUGCGGGUGGUGCGAAAAGAGCAACAUCCAUAGCCGACCGUCUCGAUCUUGGCUUCGCCCUCAUCCACAAAGAGCGCGCCCGACCCAACGAAGUCUCCCGCAUGGUCCUCGUCGGCGACGUCGAGAACAAGACCUGCAUUCUCGUAGACGACAUGGCCGACACAUGCGGCACUCUCGCCAAAGCGGCCGAAACGCUCAUCACGCACAAAGCCCGUGAAGUCGUCGCCAUCGUCACGCACGGUAUCCUCUCUGGCAACGCUAUCGAGAUCCUCAAUAAGAGUCAGCUGAGCCGCAUUGUUGUCACUAAUACGGUGCCGCUCCAGGAUAAGGAGAGUAGGUGUGAGAAGUUGAGGGUUAUGGAUAUUAGUCCCACGCUUGCCGAGGCGAUUAGACGGACGCAUAAUGGGGAGAGUGUUAGUUUCUUGUUCACGCAUGCGCCUACUGAUUAGACCAGCGGCAAGACCGAGAUGUUACUUUUUCCUUUUCUUACAUGGAUAGGUGGGAGAGAGGGAGGGUACGUGAUUAGAAGGGAGGUCUUUUGUGCAAGAUUGCAAUCAAGUUGAUAGCUCAUCGAGGAAACUGGCAUGGCGUGGAGGCGUAAUAGGGACUUUCUAAUCCCGUUUUUGGUCUUUGAUGGGUGGCUUGGUUAUGCAACCAAAUAAAUCAAGGUCAUGAUAGCAGAGGAGUAGCGUUACAACAAGCAUUCAUUUGUGUUGUAUAGAUCCAAUAAAUUGCAUUGGAAAGGAAUUGAAGUUCUGAGUAAUGUACUUAUUUGAAUAAGCCUGUAGGUGUGGCGUGAGAGCGAUAAUACUGUAUCUCACAAACUCUUUUAGCGUCUUCUCCCCGGACAUGGUAAGAAACCUGGGCAUUGGUGGAUGUAUGGCGCGGGAGUAGAUACACCAUAGGACGAUGUGGUGGAAUGGCUGCAUGUAUAGGUUGCUGGAUUUGAGUGGAGGAGGUCGACCAGAGGGUGGCUAGGG